AUGGCUAAAGCGGCGGGCGGCAGCGCGCGGCCGGCGCCCAGCUACGACGCAGCCACGCCCAGGAACGUCACCGCGCUGGUCGGCAAGAGCGCCUACCUCAGCUGCCGCGUGCGCAACCUCGGCAACAGAACGGUGUCGUGGAUCCGGCACCGCGACCUGCACAUCCUGACGGUGGGCGGCUACACGUACACGUCGGACCAGCGCUUCCAGGCCACGCACUCGCCGCAGGCGGACGACUGGACGCUGCAGGUGAAGUGGGCGCAGCAGCGCGACGCCGGCGUCUACGAGUGCCAGGUGUCCACGCAGCCCGUGCGCUCCUUCUUCGUCACGCUGCACGUCGUCGAUUGCGACGAGAUAUACCAGCGGAUGUUCUCGGACGGAGUGCCGUCGGCGCGCAUCCUGGGCGGGCCCGACCUGCACGUGGACAUCGGCUCCACCAUCAACCUCACGUGCCUCAUCCAGUUCAGCCCCGAGCCGCCCGCCUACAUCUUCUGGUACCACGAGGACGAGGUGAGCGGACGCAAACAGGUGAUCUCGUACGACUCGACGCGCGGCGGCGUGUCGGUGGUGACGGAGAAGGGCGCCGCCACCACGUCGUACCUGCUGGUGCAGGACGCGGCGCCCGCCGACUCGGGCCGCUACUCGUGCGCGCCGUCCAACGCCGAGCUGGCGGCCGUGCGCGUGCACGUGCUGGACGGCGAGCGGCCGGCCGCCAUGCAGACGGGCUCGGCCGGCCUGUCCGACCCGCGCCGCUGCCUGCUGGCGCUGCUGGCCGCCGCCGCGCUGCACGCGCGCGCCGCCGCCGCGCUGCUGGCCAGCUGACGCGCGCGCUAGCUCCCGCCCCACCGCCGGCCCUAGCCUAGCGACUGCCGGCGAGAGAGAGACCGCGAUCAUUCAAAAUUAUUAACGUUAACUUUCCCAAAUGAAACGCUAGAAUAUUUGUGAUAGUGAUUGGUAUGAAAUUAUUUGUAAAAAACAAAAUUAAACGAUAGCGAGCGCUCUCGGCCGGCAGCCACCGGUGACGUGCACCCCGCGCACCCCGCGCACUCUGCCGCCGCUCGCGCCGCCCUCACUUGUACUGGUCGGCGCACUGUACAUACCACGAGCGGUAGGAGGCUCGGAGCCGGAGUACACUGCACCCGCGUGACUGUCAUGCGACAGUAGUGCGACAGUCGUGCUAAAGUCGCACGACAGCCGCGCUCUGCACUGCCUGGACUACAGCACUGGGCAGUGUCGUUCAAACAUUUUGUAUAUUAUAGAGUUUAAUUAAAUCAAGAAUAAUUGUAUAAAAUAAUAAUAAAGAGAAACUGAUCUAAGGAAAUACAUACCUAGUUUGUAAACGACUCCUCGACACAAAUAGAAUUUACCAAUAAUUGCCUUUUCAUUGUGGACUUAUCUCGGGAAGACGUUUCGCUUCGGCUGCAGUAAUAAUUAUAAUAAUGAUACAUGUGCGUCCGUGCGCCUUUCUUCUUUCUUUCAUUAUGAGAACAAAGUUCACAGUGGGCAUACAAGUUACAACCGAAGUGAAGAGGUGUCGCGAAGCACAAUAACUGUACAG